AUGUCUCUAUCACUGAAAUCUCGUGCCAAAGGCGCUAUCUGGGGCGUUUGCGUAGCUGACGCACUCGGUGGCCCCGUUCAAUUCCGCGACGCAGGAACAUUCGAGCCAAUCACAACCUUGAGAUAUGUUGCGCCCUUCGAUCAACCAGCUGGAUCUUACUCCGACGACGGGUCUAUGACCCUAGCCUUGGCAUGCUCCUUCUCCAAGUCCGACAUGCAAUACAACCAUAUGUUGUCCAUUCAAUACUUUGUUGAAUGGCUUACCCAAGGCCAUUUUAGCACUGUCAAUCACUCCUGGGAUGUCGGACGCUCUACACGCAUCUCCUUGACGCAAUGGAUCAAAUAUGGCAUGGAAAAAGGAAAUUUCGAGCUUGCCCAGGUGAUGGUCAUUGAUAGAUUGAACUACAAGGAGUACUCUGGGAAUGGGAGCUUGAUGAGGAUUGUCCCGAUUGGAGUUGCUUACUGGUAUGAUUCUACGUUGGCUCGGGAAGUCGCCAGGAAACAUAGUCAAAUCACGCAUCCUUCGCUCUCAUGUGUGGAAGCCUGUGAAGCGUAUACGGAUCUGGUGUGUAGGAUUAUGAAUGGACAAACAAAGAAGCAGCUCUUCCAUGCGCUCUCUGUGUUCCCAUUUACUCACCCCGAAUUGACGGAACGCAUGUCACUGUACAGAUACAGAACAAUCAGCGACUGGAAAGCCAAGGCACCUAGUGAUAUGACUAGUAGUGGAUGGGUUGUUGAUACACUUGAAUGUGCCAUGUGGGCAUUCUUCAAGUAUGACACCUGGAAAGAUGGAGCGUUGGCAGUUGUCAAUCUGGGUGGUGACUCGGAUACUGCAGGGGCUGUUUAUGGAGGUCUUGCGGGUUCCUUCUAUGGAUUUGCCUCUAUUCCCGCUGAAUGGGUGGCUGGGAUGCAGAAUAAAGGGUUUAUCGGAAGUAUUGCUGAUGCCCUGUCUGAUGGGAUUGCUUGA